UGUGUCUAGUCAAGAGAGAGAGAGAGAGAAGAUGGGAAGAGGGAGGAUUGAAGUGCGGAGGAUAGAGAACAAUGUCAACAGGCAGGUGACGUUCUCCAAGAGGAAGACCGGCCUGCUCAAGAAGGCCUACGAGCUCUCGGUUCUCUGCGACGUGGAGCUCGGACUCAUCAUCUUCUCCGGUCGCGGCAAGCUCUUCCACUUCUCUACCGCCUCCAGUUUGCUUAACAUAAUUGAGCAGUACAGAAGGUGUAGCCAUAACAAUAUUCCAACAGAAUCCUGGGACUCAUCAAAUAAUGAGACACAGAAUAAUUACCUUGAAUUCUUGAGGCUGAAAACACGAAUUGACUUUCUUCAACGUUCUCAAAGGAACCUGCUUGGUGAAGAUCUACAGUCCCUAAACAUUAAAGAGCUCGAUCAGCUUGAGAAUCAAAUUGAAGUAUCAUUAAGCCAUAUCAGAUCAACAAAGGUAGGUGAAAUUUUAGAGGAAUAUUUAUGCGAAGAGAAGUUUCUUUAUAUUUAUGGAGUUGUUCACUCUUUAAUUGAUGCAAUUAUUGGUUAUAUUUGGAGCAUUACAUGAAAACCUUCUUGAUCUUUUGUUCUUGCUCCAAAUAACCAAAAGAAGAAGAAAAUACACUCAAGAUGUUGAUCGGUAAGUUGACCCACAGAUAACUCACAAUUGUUGAAAUGAGAAUGAUGUUGAGGAGGCUUCAUGCAGGAUCAAGAUUGAAGGUGUGCUAUAUCACGAGACUUUUAGAGGAAGAUAAUAUGAGAUGAAAAGAAUCUAUGGAUUGAUGAUGAAUAUGCUUGUUCUUCAUUCGAUAAAAUUUGGUUCCAGACCUAUUCUUAGUGUCUGUACUUCUUUAAAGACUUGUUCUUCUUCACAAUGUUUAUGUGUGCGUGUGGAUAUAUUUGACAUUUCUAAAUUAUAUAACACUAUAAUAUCGAAGAGGAUCGAUAGAAAGCUUUCCAUUUAAUUAUAUUUGAUAUGAAACUGCACGCAUUUUCCUGUCUUGCAGAGCCAAGUAAUUACUAAUGAGAUAUCAGAUCUUAAAUGCAAGGAAAACAAGUUGCAAGAAUUUAACACAACCCUGAGAAAGAAGUUGCAAGAAAUUGUUGCAGAUGAUUUCCUCCAUAGCUCAAUGCAAGAAGGUGACAAUAGCAAUAUCAAGUCCGGUCGGUCAGAGUUUCACCCUCUGGAAUGUGAUCCUUCGGUGCAAAUUGGGUCCAAUCCCUCUGUGGACCUAUUGAGUGGAGAAAUGGCUUUCAUGGCCGAAGAUGUUGAUGAAUUUGUCAGGCAAUGGAUGUGAAGAUGUUCAUCUCAAACUAUACAUACAGACUUUUUAAAGAUAUUUGAUAUUUUGAGAACAUAUGUGAAAAAGGCAAUAAAUGGUGUGCGUUUAUGUAAAAAGAUCACAUUGUACAAAUAAUAUUACAGACGAACGAUGAGAAGAAAAAGCGCCACAGUCACAGUUUAGUCCUUAAACUUCAAGCUUUUGUCUCGGUGGACUCCUGAAGCGGUUUGAUUAGCUGAACUGCAUUUUCCAGAAGUAGUGUUGUUUGAUAAUUUAAAGUUUAGGAGCCCCUUUUUAGACAUUUUUGAAACUUAGGAGCAUGUUAAAAAAACAGUUAAUAAUAAUAAAUAAAAUCAACAGGUCGAGUUACACUCCCGCUCUGACGCUGUACCCAUCUUCCCCAUCCGUAUCUAGAGGGCCGUAAGGCCGCCGCGUCGCUCUUGCAAAUGCUGCUCUUCGCCCCCUCGACGGCCGGCGGUUCGUCGGUUCCCGGGAUCCUCGCGGUUAGGGCUUCUGCGAAUGGGUUCCCUUCGUUCCUUCCGAAGGAAGUGGAGAAACUCAGAGAUCCCUUCGCCCGCGAUAUGGCCAAGCGGAUCGUGCGGCUCCCGGUUCAGGGAAGCUUUGCAAAAGGGUAUAUUAUGAGUAGUUGCGUGAAGCCAUUAAAAGAGCAUGAAACAGAGCCAUUAGUUCUUCUUCAUGGAUUUGACAGCUCUUGUUUAGAGUGGAGGUAUUCCUAUCCUUUGCUUGAGGAUGCUGGAAUUAAUGCAUGGGCUGUCGACAUUCUUGGAUGGGGAUUUUCAGACUUAGAAAUGCUUCCUUCGUGUAAUGUGGCUGCCAAACGUGAGCACCUAUUUCAGUUUUGGAGUUCAUAUAUAGGAAGGCCUAUGGUAUUAGUUGGGCCAAGCCUUGGUGCUGCCGUUGCAAUUGACUUUUUAACCAACCAUCCAGAAGCGGUUAGCGAAUUAAUAAUGAUUGAUGCAAGUGUAUAUGCAGAGGGCACUGGUAACUUGGCAAAACUACCUAGAAUUUUAGCUUAUGCUGGGGUAUCCUUAUUAAAGAGCAUACCACUGCGAGUCUAUGUGAAUAGCUUGACUUUCAACAAAGUUUCAUUUCAGACAUCGUUGGAUUAUAUGAAUGUGGGUCGAUUGCACUGUUUACAACCCUGGUGGGAGGAUGCUACUGUUGAUUUUAUGCUAAGUGGAGGUUAUGAUGUCAAAAACUAUAUACAAGAGAUUAAGCAAAAGACUCUAAUUCUAUGGGGACAAGAUGAUCAAAUCGUUAGCAACGAACUGGCACUCAGAUUGCAUCACGAAGUGCCAAAUUCUACAUUGGUUCAGAUCCCAGGAUGUGGCCAUUUGCCUCACGUAGAGAAACCGGAAGUGGCGGUCGAACAUAUUAUCAAGUUUCUUCGAGAAGAAUGCCAUGCUCUUUGAUCAAGCUUCAACUAAUUGAAGCAUGUAUCUGGUUCUUCCCAUUAUCUCAGUUCAUUCUAUGCUUCAAUGUAUCAAGGUAAUUCUAAAAAAAAUUCUAUGCAUGAAGAAUUCAUUUAGUCAGUGCAGGAAAUGUUCCUAGGUUAUGAUUUCCUUGCAAGGAAGCUUGUAAUAAAUAUCAAUUAAAUAUAUGAUUAACUUAAUCUGAACAAAUUGUUCUA